CGUCUGUACUGAAAUGGGUAUUUACAGCGCUGUGAAUGAAGCUACUCCUUUGUUUUUCUCGUAUUUAACAACGAAAUAGCAACUUCAAAUUGUAUCCUGUCUAAACAGCAGGUGUCGAGGCUGCCGUAUGCGAGAUUUUAAUUCACCUGGACACGUAAUAACAGAGCUGAAGAGGAUCAUCUGACCUCAGCUGCCAGGACUGAUAUCUAUCAUACUGGAGUCAUUUCAUCUGUGAACAUGAAGACGGAUAUCCCUUACAACCAGCUGAUGGACUUGGAGUGGAGGAGACAAGAAUCCAACAGGAAGGCACAGGCGUAUUCUCGCUGUGUGAUAGCGCUGGCCACUGUGGCGACAGUACUGCUGGCCGCCACGGCUCUCUAUAACAUCCUGACGCAGAAAGGUCCCUCCAGCCACCCUACACCGAGCAGCAGCCUCCAUGUGGGCCAGGGCGAGUCCUGCUCAGACCCCUGCAAGAUCAUUCUGUUGGAGAGCAUCCCUGAAGGGUUGGAGUUUAAUUCCAGCACCGCUAACCCCUCCAUCUACCAGGCGUGGCUCAAUCUGAUGAGCGAGGCUCGCAGCAGCAUCGACAUCGCCUCCUUUUACUGGACGCUCACCAACAAAGACACCGGCACUCACCAUCCAACAGCCUAUCAAGGUGAGACCGUUCUAAAGGAACUAGCUAAACUUUCAGGGCAGUUGUCUGUUCGCAUCGCCGUCAACACGCCACCGGAGAGUCAACCACAGGGUGACCUCAGACUGCUCAACGACUCAGGAGCUGAUAUCAGGACAGUAAACAUGAGACAACUGACAACAGGGGUCCUCCACACCAAGUUCUGGGUAGUGGACAAGAAACACAUUUACAUUGGUAGUGCCAACAUGGACUGGAGAUCCCUCACACAGGUGAAGGAGCUGGGCGUGGUGGUCUACAACUGCAGCUGCUUGGCGGCAGACCUGGGUAAGAUCUUUGAAGCGUACUGGUUCCUGGGGGAGAGUCAAUCAAUCCCGUCACCAUGGCCCACCAGCUUCUCCACCCUCUACAACAAGGACACGCCCCUGCAGCUGGCACUCAAUGACACGCCGUCCAGCGUCUACCUGUCGAGUUCCCCUCCGUCCUUCUGUGCAGCCGGCAGGACUCCAGACCUUCAGUCCAUCCUCAGUGUGAUGGAUGAUGCCCAGAGCUUCAUCUACAUAGCUGUCAUGAACUACCUGCCCACAAUGGAGUUCUCACAUCCUAAAAGGUACUGGGAAGACAUUGACACCCAGCUGAGGCGAGUUGCAUACGAGAGGCAGGUCAAAGUGCGCCUGCUGAUCAGCUGCUGGGGCAGCACCCAGCCAGUCAUGUUGUCCUUCCUGAAGUCUCUGGCCUCGGUUUACGACUUCAAGACCAAACUUGACAUCCAGGUGAGGCUGUUUGUGGUGCCUGCCAGCCCUGAGCAGAAAGAGAUUCCCUUUGCCAGAGUCAAUCACAACAAGUACAUGGUGACUGACAAGGUCGCUUAUAUAGGUACAUCUAACUGGUCAGGGGACUACUUUGUACACACAGCUGGCUCAGCAUUGGUUGUCAACCAGACUGCAUCACAGUCCCAGGAGCCAACGGUCCAAUCACAGCUAAGGGCCGUGUUUGAGAGAGACUGGAGCUCUGACUACAGCACUCCUGUCACCCAGCACACAAACCUCAAAAACAUCUGUUAGUUCAACCAGCCAGUAUGACAGACACCAUAUCAGUCUGCGUCAACAAAUCAACGUCAACGUGGAACAUGGAACCUCCUGAGCUUAAAAAUCGCUUACAGCCGACUCCGUAGUGGAGCAGAGUUUCCUCGUUUGCUCUAGGUCCAAAAGAUUGUGGACUUACAGUAAACCUGGCCAAUCACAGCUUCAGUGCCAAACUCCUAUUGGACUGGAGACAGAUGAUCAAACCAGUUAACUGCCCAGUAGUGCCAGUGUUACACUGCUUUCCAGUGGCACUUGAAUUAUAUUUCUUUUGUCUUCUGUUUCUAUCCAAACUUACAGGAUUCAAACUACAUUUGUGGGUAAUUAGCCUGAUAACAAUUUAAUUAUUGGCAAGUCAUCAGAUUGCUGCAACAUUCAUUGGUCAGCAGUCAGAAGGUUUUGGGACAAAUUACCUGCAUCGACAAACCAUGAUCAGAUAGUUUUCUAAUGCAGAACCUCCAGUUGACACAGUAUACAGUGUUUUUAAACCUAAAGUCAGGAACUUUUUACAUAUAAAUGAAUGUUCGUUACAGUCAAACCUUUGCCAAACAAGUUAGCAUAAUGUUGAUUAAGCCUAUCACCUCCAGAUAAAUCUCUGUGUUUCACAGUAUACUGCAGAUGCUCUAUGGGCCUGAGCCAGUUAAUGACCAGUUAGCUCUCUGCUAACUUGAAUGGGGAUAGAAUAGUUUAAUUGUGUGGCUCUUUUAGACUUUCCAAAUGUUAUCAGGCCUAAUGGAUCAAAUUCUGUUUUAGCAAGGGAUGGGUGACGUUCUAAACAAUUUAUCCUCCAUUUUACAGUCGAUACACUAUUGUGAGACUAGACUACAGCGGAGCCUAUGACUUAAACUAGUCUCUACAGUGUUUUUGUAAUUACUCUCACUGUCAGAAGGGGGAGACAAACGUCCCUACACUGCAACUUCAACUCAGAGCUGCACCAUUGUGCGGUUUCUGUUAUGUAGUGCCAGUAGCAGUAGGGGGCGCUGUUUCACCUCUCCUGUCAAGUCAACUUUUUGUGGUGGCACAUUGUUUUCAGAUAGAUUCAUUGAUAAUUGUUUCAGUUUUGAAGAUCACUCCCAAUGCAAUACUUUUAUACAACAUCAGCCUCAGUGGGGAAUUUUGUAUCCCACCCUCUCAGGGAGUAAAGUUUGAGUGUGUCUUAUCUGAUCAUUAUAGUUUGCUGCAACUUGGGACUAAUUAAUGCUUAAACUGGUGUGCUGUUCCUGUAAUGUAAAUAAGAUGAGCUUUAGAAAAUCCACUCUAAGUAUUCAGGACUGUUUUUUAAAAAUUAAAUUCAUUUAAGCAGUGCAUACAUUAUACUUUAAGUUUGCUGUAGGACUUGAUGAGGAUGAACAAAUUUAAUUUCCACUGUGUGGAGUGAUUGAAACUACCAAUUAGUGGAGAAAUGGUUGUUAUGGCAACUGUCCAAAUAAGGGUGUUUACAAGUAGCGGUGUGCUCAUAAAAAAAAUGCUCGGGGACAGUUAUUAUGCACAUGUCAUUAUCUCCUGCCUCUUUUUAAAGCAGUUACUCUGAAUAAAUGUCUCUGAAUCAAACCUGUUUCAGCCUGUCUCACAAUAUUAAUGGUCCCUCUGAUGCAUACAUAGACCGGUUUAAUUAUGUUAAAAGCAACUGUGCAGGAUUACAGCAAAAAGGGAUUUAUAUGACUCACCAGAAUUUACUGCCCUUGUGUAUUUGUUAGUGAAAAGCCUCUUUAUCUAACUUGGUUCUGAACCUGAAAAGCUAAAAACUUUGUACUCCUGAAUGUGUGAUAAAAGCAUCAGAGGACAGCAGGACUUGUAUAAAAGAGAAACACACACACACACAGUUUGCCACUCACUGCUGGUUGUUUCAUGCUUCAUUUAGUGUGUGAACUGAUACCCGAUAAUGCUUCGUUAGUCCCAAAUGUGGCAUGAAAUAAACAUGCUGUUAUGAAACUGAAUAUAAUGACAUCCAUAACAUCCCAAAACAUUUCCUUCAUGCGAUGAAAAUGUGUUUAAAAUGUUUUGACUUUGACCCAACAGUGCAUAACGAACAACCAGAGCCAACAACCAUCUGCUUCCCAAACUACCAAGUAAAAUAAACAGUAUUAAAGCUG